AUGCCCAUUAACAACGAAAAUUUUCUUUCAUUCCUUCAGCCUCAUUCCUGCCUUUUCUUAUUGCAGUUAUUUCAAUGGGUGCAUCGAAAACUUCGGCAGAAUAGUAUAGAUCCUUUCAAGGAUUUCACACUUGGAAACCCUUGUACGUGCCUUACAGUGCAGCCAACACUUGAUAAUCAAUACUCCCAGACAAAGCCAUGCAUCAGCUCCAUAAAUCAACCGAGUUUCUCAAAGUCACACCAGCAGGAAAAUCAAACAUCUUAUUCUGGGUUGGUUGACAGCAGAGAAGAUAAGUCUGAAGAAGAAACACCAGCAAUAUGCUCAGAGCUCUUUGAAGGUUUUCUAACAAUUGGAACUCUAGGUGCAGAAACUGUCACCAAUGAACCAGGCACACCAACAUUUGCUAUGCCUUCAGAAAACAUAACAAUGAGAAAUGAAGAGGUGACAGAAAAAGAACUCAAGCUCAUAAGUUAUGAGCUUGAGAAAUUUCUUGAGGCUGAAAAAGAAGAAAGUUUCCAUGAUUCAUCAGGAAGAAACAGCUAUGUUAGCAUUAUUACACUUAGUGGAAAGGAAAUAGAUGGACCCAAAGCUGAAGAUUACAGAAACAAAGCUGUAUGUCCACUGCAAGGAUAUUUACUGGGGUCCACAUUUGAACUACCCGAAACAAAACAAGUAAAGAAAGAGAGAGCAUCACUAGCUGAACUACUUUAUAGGACAAAGGCAACAAGUCAAUAUUGUACAGAGACAGAAAUAAGAGGAGAAACACAAGUCAAGCAAACACCUAAGUCUUCUGCCAUGCACAUUAUGAGAAAGAUAUUGAAAAAAGUUCACAGUUCUUCCAAAAGCUGCAACACUUCCAGAAGAGAUGCUGAUUCGGCUUCAACCCCUAAAAAACUCCACAAGGUUCUACGUAUGUUUCACAGAAAAGUCUAUCCUGAAAUCCCCAUAAUAAAUGGAAAAGAUUGCAUUAAACCCCAAAACGGUGAGAUACAAAAUGUUUCUCAGAAGUGCUUCCAUGAAUAUGAUAAUGGGAAGUCCACAAAUCCAGACAAAGGCAAAAGAUUUCAUUCUGAUACCAAAUCAAGGGAGUGGACCCAACACUGUAUGACCGAUUGGAACCCACCACAGGUUGGGUUAAUAUGCAGUAGCUCAACUGGACAUAAUGAGCACUGGAUCAGAACAGAUGCAGAGUAUUUGGUGCUGGAGCUGUAG